AUGAACCCCUCCUAUAAUCCCGAUCAGCAUUAUUCCUCAUGGAUGUCACCUUCUGAUGCUCGCAGAAAUGAAUACGUUGCUCUGACAGUAGGAAUGGUCGACUGUCUAGAAAGCUUGCGGCGAUGCUUUGAGGAAAAUGACGGUCAUCAACAGAAUACCUCCACUUACCCAUACGCACCAAAUGUCAACUACAACCCACACAUCCCGCUUUCCUCAACACAUUCCUCAUAUCACCACGAUUAUUCUUCUCAAGGAGGGCUUUCAAGCAGCGCUGGGUCGUCCCACAUGGAAUCCACUAGAGCAUCCAAUCAAUAUCUUCCCGCUCAUACGCUCAGCUCUGGGCAAGCCAUGGGUUAUAAUUAUCCCAUUCCAACCACACCAAGCGGAGCACGCGCCGAUCGGAAUGCAGUACCCGCAGAAAUCCCCUCCACUCGAAUCACCAACCAGAAGAGAGCUGACACGGUGAAUCGCGGAGGUCAUCUACGACGUGAAGCCCCGGCCGAUAAAAUCUGUGGAUUCUGCCAAGCCAGUUUUACCAGGAAUGAGAGAUUGAGAUAUCACAUCGAGAGUGCUCAUCUUCAGCUCGAGCCGGAAUUUGGCUGUGAUAUUCCGGGCUGCCAACGCGCAUUCCGCCAGCGAAGCGAUCUCCUUCGACAUCAACGUACCGUCCAUCGCUCGUUGUUUCCCAAGUAA